ACCCCGCAGGUGGGCGACUGCGCGGCUGCAGGAGGUGGCCGAGCCGGACAAGCGGCGCGGGCGGGCGCGCGGCCACCUCCCCCCGGCACGCAGGUCUGUCCCCACGGCCGGGCGGGGCGCGGGCAGGGGCGGAGCCUCGAGGCGGAGCCGCCGCCUCGGCCGCGGACCUUCAGCCGCUGCCACCGCUCCGAGCCGCGGGCCGGAGAGCCAACAAGAUGCCGGGAGACAUGGACAAGCCAUUGCUCAGCCAUCGCCUGGUGGAGAGUGAUGGCAGCCUCGCUGAAGCCCCCAGUGGAGUCCCCAAAGUGGGCAUCCUGGGCAGUGGGGACUUUGCUCGCUCCCUGGCCACACGCCUGGUGGGGUCCGGCUUCAGCGUGGUGGUGGGGAGCCGCAACCCUAAACGCACGGCUGGGCUGUUUCCCUCGGCAGCACAAGUGACAUUCCAGGAGGAGGCGGUGGGUGCCCCUGACGUCAUCUUCGUGGCCGUGUACCGCGAGCACUACUCCUCCCUCUGCAGCCUCAGUGACCAGCUCGCUGGUAAGAUCCUGGUGGAUGUGAGCAACCCCACAGAGCAGGAACAUCUCCAGUACCACCAGUCUAAUGCCGAGUACUUGGCGUCGCUCUUUCCCGCCUGCACUGUGGUCAAGGCCUUCAACGUCAUCUCCGCCUGGACCCUGCAGUCUGGCCCGCGAGAUGGAAAUAGGCAGGUGCCCGUCUGCAGCGACCAGCCAGAAGCCAAGCGCACAAUCUCCUCCAUGGUGCAAGCCAUGGGCUUCACUCCCGUGGACAUGGGGUCCCUAGCAUCAUCCCGGGAGGUGGAGGCCAUCCCCCUGCGCCUCUUCCCGGGCUGGAAGGUGCCCACUCUCCUGACCCUGGGGCUCUUCGUCUUCUUCUAUGCCUACAACUUCAUCCGGGAUGUGCUGCAUCCCUACGUGCAGGAGAACAAUAACAAGUUCUACAAGCUCCCCGUGACCGUGGUCAACACCACGCUGCCGUGCGUGGCCUACGUGCUGCUCUCGCUGGUCUACCUGCCCGGCGUCCUGGCGGCUGCCUUGCAGCUGCAGCGCGGCACCAAGUACAGCCGCUUCCCCGACUGGCUGGACCACUGGCUGCAGCACCGCAAGCAGAUCGGCCUGCUCAGCUUCUUCUGCGCUGCCCUGCACGCUGUCUACAGCUUCUGUCUGCCCCUGCGCCGCGCGCACCGCUACGACCUGGUCAACCUGGCCGUCAAGCAGGUCCUGACCAAUAAGAGUCACCUGUGGAAUGAGGAGGAAGUCUGGAGGAUGGAGAUCUACCUGUCGCUGGGCGUGCUGGCCCUCGGCACCCUGGCCCUGCUGGCCGUCACCUCGCUGCCGUCCAUCGCAAACUCACUCAACUGGAGGGAAUUUAGCUUCAUGCAGUCCAACCUGGGCUUCGUGGCUCUGGUGCUGAGCACGCUGCACACACUCACCUACGGCUGGACGCGCGCCUUCGAGGAGAGCCGCUACAAGUUCUACCUGCCUCCCACCUUCACCCUUACCCUGCUGGUGCCCUGCGUGGUCAUCCUGGCUAAAGGCCUCUUCCUCCUGCCCUGCAUCGGCCGCAGACUCUCCAAGAUCCGGCGGGGCUGGGAGAAGGAUGGAGCCGUGCAGCUCACAGCGCCCACGAACCACACCCUGGCUCAGAAGACGAGCCACGUAAAUGAACAGCUCCAAAUGGAACCCUGAAUGCACUUAGCAACCAAAAAGCCUGCGCUGCCAACCCACCCAGAAAGUGAAUAAUCAUCCUUUGUUUGUGGAGUGUUGAUCUCAUUUAUUGGACCAUAAACCCAGCUUUUUUCUAUAAUUUUUAGUGGAUAUGGUGCCUAUUUUCAUUUUUCCCACCAGUGAGAACUUUCCCGCAACUAGAUGAUUCAUUAGGGUGGUUCAUUUAGUGCCUCCAUUUCCUGUAGAGCCCUUCCUCUACAAAAUAACUCAGUCCUGGACAAAUAGACUUCACUUUUUAAAUUUUGUAUACCCCUGCAGGUAAACUACCUGUUGUUUCAUUUAAAGAUUGCAUUGCAACUCUUCCAGCAUUGUGACAGUUGCUAUAAGAAAAUAUAUUCCUGUUACAUAAUUCUACGUGAAUUAAAUCCAUGACCAGCUCUAAGGAAUCUGGAAUUUCUUAUGAUAGAUGUUAAUUUUUUAAAAAGGAUUUAAAGAGUAAAUAUAUGUUUUAUUUAUUUCUACAUUAAAAACAUAUCUUUUAAGUUCUGCUGAACUUUCGGAGGUAAGGGGAACCAGUGGGGUAGAAAAUAAAUGGGCGCACACAUUAAACAAGCGCACAGUAAACAAGCAAAAUAAAGCUUUCCUCCCGGGCAGGAGAAAAUUCAAAUCCUUUCUGGAGAAAAGCAUUUUCUGUUCAGAUCAAUCCAUUGGGACAUGGAUAUGAACACACUAUAAAUGGUAAUCAGCAAAAAUACACCUCAAAGGACUUCAAACAAUAGAACUAACCAUAUAAAGUAACAAUAUACUAAAUGAAUGUAGGGGACGUGAUUCAACAUGUUUGAGCCUCUGGAUUUGAUCCCUGACACUUAAAAAGAAAAUGCACACUAAAUGCAAGACAUUUUUAAUUGAGUGAAAAAUAAGUAAACAAUAAGACACAGAAGAGAUGAAGUAUAAUGAAAAAUAUAAUUUUCAGAAAUAAAAAUAUAUUGUUGGUAGCAACACCAAUUAGGUUUAUCAGUAUAUUAGAGAAAAUUAGUGAAUUCUAAAGUGCAGCUGAAGAAUUAGAGUGUAAAUAGAAAUAGAAAAUAGAGGAGUUAAAAGAUAUAGAGGUUAAAAUAAAAGUAUAAGAUACAGAUAGCUAGAGUUUCAGAAAUCAUGGAGGAGAGGUAAAUUUUAGAGAGAAAGGCAAAAAAGACUGGAUAUCGAAUAAAGCAGACAGUAUAAUGCAUAAUACCAAGCUGAAAAAGAAAUUAAAAAAUUAGAACCAUGCUUAGACACACAGCAAAAAAUUCUUGGGCAAGAGGGAAACUGGGGACAUUGUUGGCAGAAAAUAUAUACUGGUUAAGGGACAGGUAUUUGGACAUUGUAUGACUGAACUCAAUCAUAAACAACUUUGUAACUGUGUAUCUUGUAGUGAUUCAAUGAAAAAAAGGGAAGAAAAUCUUUAAAGCAGUCAGAAGAAAAAAAUGACAGAUCAACUGAAAUUGUGAAAUAGCAAUAGAUUAAAAUAUCUGUGGAAGUUAUAAUUGAUGGAAAUUAAAAAAUAGUAAUCUCAUAUCUUCAUAGUACAGAGAAGAAAUCAUUGUCAAAUUAAAAUCAUAAACCUAGUAAAACUAAUUUUCAAGAAAAAGGGUAAAAUAAAGC